AUGCCGAAUCAGACACCCAAGAAGCGAACUGUGUCGUGGGGGAGAACACGCGACCCGCGCGCGAUCCCCAGACGGCGACAGCGGCCAUUGAGCAAACCUCUCAAUCGGCCCCGCUUCAUCCUUGUCGUUCUAAGCAGUCUUGUUGUGAGCUCCAUUUUGUUCACAUUUACAUCCAACUUGACGGUCGGUGAUCUCGGGCCUAUCAGCAAACACUUAGAGGAAUGGUGGGAAGUGGGGGGUUUGAUAGGUUGGAGAGCUGUGGAGGUCGGAUUGGCCUGGGCUCUAGGAUUUGAUGGUCGCGAUGUGGCUUCUUUCUUAUUUAUCACCCAUCUGCCAACUUAUUCUCUAUUGUCCUUCUUUUACGGCAUCCGCCCAACUUCGGCAUUGAUCGCAUAUGGAGUCACAAUUGUCUCGGUGACACUUCCAUUUGCCCUUUUGCGCCGGCCCUCGUCCGUACACAAUCUUUCGCACACGCCUACUGAUGCAGUCGCCAAUCGUAACAUUCUGCAAGACAAGACUACCACCUUCUUCACCACACUGAUGGGGGCUUCAGUCUUCACCGUUGUGCUCUAUGCCAGCUAUGCCACUUGGCUUCCUGCGCAGCUGGUCAUUCACUUCGAGAGUCUUCCGGAUAUCAGCGCGGCGCAUGCCGGUCCCGCAGGCUUGCCUGUGCUUUUCCUGACGCUGAUUCCUGCUGGUUGGGCUGCACGCGACUUCUUGUUUGUCAGCUCAGCAGGGUAUUCGACCAGUGCUGCUCAAUCUGCCAGCUGUGAGGGUGAAUACUUGAUUGCGACAAUUUGUCGCAACACCUGGGGACGUUUGUCUACCAAAACGAGGAUUUUGGCUUCGCGAUCGAUCAUUCUUGCGCUUAGUGUCCUGCUCAAUACGAUCGUUCAGGUGGGUGGCACAAUUAGCGAUGUCUCUCUCGAAGGCGCCGCCACUUGGGGAGCAGUCUGGGCAUUUGCAACGCUCACCGCAGGAGCAACAUUCGGCUGGAUUGAAGCUGUUGAUGGGGUAUGA